AUGGCUUUGGCGGAUCAUCCAGUUAGAGGAUUUUACUUUAUGGUGUUAGUUAUACCGCAGGAAAUCUUAAUCAUAUCGUCCAUUCAUGUUAUAACACGUGCACGGAUUAUACCACGUAAUUGUAUUCUAGUACCGUACAAUAAUUUCCAUAGUCUGAUUGAAAUAAUGUUUCAAUUAUUGAUUUUACAAGACCUUAUCGUAACAGUAGUCGAUUAUAUGGGUAAGCUGAGGAUUGCCAUCGGAACUCAAAAGGGCCUUAUUGAUCCCGAGAAAUUCAAGGCCUGCAUGGAAAAUGCCUUUAAGAUGAUACUUGAAGCCACAGACAAUAUUUCUAUGCGGACAUAUUAG